AUGCUGAUCAAGUCGUUGCCCAUUGUUCACAGGAUGAUCUAUGCUGAUCCAAGUCGUUGCCCACUGUUCGCAGAGACCAUGCUGAUCCAAGUCAUUGCUCACCGUUCGCAGUUUUCUGUGAAUGUGUCAAUCCUUAACAGCAAUGCUGAUCAAGUCGUUGCCCACCGUUCGAAGGAUGAUGAAGUCAGUGUGUCGACCCUCAUUCGAGCAACAGCCAUGCUGAUCAAGUCGUCCCCGACCAUUCGAAGGAUGAUGUCGCAGGCUCACAUGGGUGCGGUUAAGGGUGCGGGUGCGAGUGAGGUCUCCGACACCUCAGGGUUUACCCGUACAGAUCCUUAG